AUGAUGGGUUCGAACAACGUGACAUUCGGCGCGGUGAUUACGGAAUCCUCCGUCGCAGUCAACAGUAACCGAAUGGAAAGCCUGGCAUCAAAAGCUGUAACCAUGAGCCUCGAACUACCUAGUAACCGGAAGAUCUCAGAGUAUUUGGCGGCUGUUCAACAACGGGUGGUCCUCGCCACUUCAACUCGACAAAGCGGCUGGAAUGAGUUGAGCGGAAUCACCAGCAAAGUUCAUCCAGUUGGAGGGAUCUCAAGCCAGGAAGCGCUUGUCAUCGAAACGCCGACGCCACUAGAAAAUACCCGGGGUUGUAGUACACAACUGCGGGACCAAAUGUGCGACGCAGUGCUUUGUAUUCACAUCAGCCCUGAUGCGAUCACACUUGCUACUUUCUUUCGCCCAGGAGCAGUCCAAUCAUUCGCAGCCCAACAUCUACCUGACCUAGUUGAGUUUGGGACACACCAGCUGAGGAAUUGUCGCCCGGAUCAAACGCUGGAUGAGAUUGAGAUGACUUCACCGGACCAUACCGAGGUGAUAUGGAGUUGGAACUGCUCUGUCCCACGUCCCAUCGACAUGUGUGUCCACGACAUGAUCCAAGACACAGUACGAGCUCAGCCUCAUGCUAUGGCCGUAUCUGCAUGGGAUGGGGGGCUAACAUAUGAAGAACUGGACAAUCUAGCUGCGACGCUAGCAACUCGAAUUGUCUCGUUCGGACUCAGACCCGGGAUGAUAGUACCGUUGUGCUUCGAAAAGUCCAUGUGGACCACGGUGGCUAUGCUGGGCGUUAUGAAGGCUGGAGUCGCCUUCCUGUUGCUUGAUGCUCUUCUCCCUGAGCAACGUCUUCGAGAGAUUGUCGCCCAAGUUAACGCCAGCCUGCUACUCUCGUCUCCGUCCAACCAGGCUCUCAGCUCGCGGCUUGAGAAGAACGCGGUUGUCUUUGUUGUCAAUGUUGAAUCCCUCCAAUGUAUCGACACACUCACACCUCGUCAUCCCGCCGAGUCGUCAGGGCCCUCCUCCAUCAUGUAUGUCAUCUUCACAUCUGGCAGUACAGGGACACCUAAGGGUGUCAUGAUAACCCAUCGGAACCUCGCAUCGGCAAUCUAUUACCAACGCGACAUCCGGUAUAUCGACAGGGAAUCUAGAGUCUUCGAGUUCUCGUCUUAUAGCUUCGAUGCGUGCGUCUAUAACGCCAUGAAGACACUUGUAGUUGGCGGGUGCCUUUGCACUCCCAGCGAUGACGACCGGCGGGACAAUCUUGCGCAGAGCCUCGUGUCUACCCGCGCUACUGUUCUCGAGAUUACCCCAUCUGCUCUCCGGCUGCUGGAUCCAACGGCAAUUCCUGGCCUGCAGACGCUCGUCUGUGCGGGAGAGCAGCUCAAGGCCCAUGACAUUGAACCGUGGCUGGGAAAAGUGCGGGUCGUGAACAGUUACGGACCUUCCGAGUGCACCCCUGCCAGUACGUUCAACGACGCUUCGACCGAGCCUCAGGAGAUGACGCGCAUAGGAAAGGGGUAUGGGUUGGUUACCUGGAUCGUAGAGCCAGACAACAUCGAUUGCCUAGCACCGCUCGGCUGCGUGGGGGAGCUUCUUCUCGAGGGUCCUCUCGUUGGCCCAGGGUAUCUCGAUGAUCCUACCAGAACGGCAGCCAGUUUUGUCCGAGAUCCCCAGUGGCUACUCCGGGGAGGCGGGGGCAAGCCGGGGCGGCAUGGGCGUCUCUACAAGACAGGAGACUUGGUCCGGUAUAACGAGGAUGGAAGCCUGUCCUUCAUUGGCCGGAAGGAUACCCAAGUCAAGAUUCGAGGACAGCGAGUCGAAUUAGGAGAAAUCGAAUGCGCUGUGCAAAAGUAUAUGCCAGAAGCGACACAAGUCGUGGUCGAAGUCUUCGCACCGGACGGGAAGGCCAGUCCUGUUCUUGCCGUGUUCGUCAGGGUCGUCGACACGAGAGCGAGAAUCGACAAGGCGACAAUUUCCUGGGUUCCCCACGAAAUGGAACGCAGCCUGGCCGAGAAUCUUCCAGGUUACAUGGUGCCGCACGUUGUCGUUUCUUUGCCCGAGUUCCCGAUGACACCGACGGGGAAAAUAGACCGCCGCGCUUUAAGGGAGCUUGGCCGGUCGCUUUCCACACAGCAAAAAGCCAAAAUGCCAACAGCGGAGGCAGAACGGCACGUGUACUCGAAGGUAGAACAACAGCUGCGACUGAUCUGGAGCCAGAUACUCGACGUACACGAAAGGUCCAUUGGCUUGGAAGAUCGCUUCUUGCAGCUUGGGGGCGACUCCAUCACUGCAAUGCGGGUUUCGGCAGCGGCUCGCGCGGUGUCCAUCAAUAUCCGGGCUGAUGAAGUCCUUCGAGAAAAGACAAUAGCAAAGCUCGCUAGAACCCUGUCGCCCUCUCAUGCAGGCGUCCGAGCUACGCCUGUCGCCUCGUUUCCUUCAAGUCACACGUCGCAACAAAUACCCAGCGAGGGAAGUUUGACUCUUGGCAGCGAGGUCAGCGAGGCCAAGCCUCUUCCGAGCCCUGGGAAUGGCGCUCCGACCUCUGGGAAUGGCGCGCUCUUCGAGCAGUCGCAUCGUCAGGAAGGCUUGUGGUUCCUACAUCAUCUGCACCCUCAGUUGGCAUGGUAUGUUUUGCCGUUUGCAGUGAGAUUACGAGGACCCUUGCAGCUCUCAGCCCUGCAUACUGCCGUUCUCGCCCUAGAACGCCGACAUGAAACCCUCCGGACGACCUUCGUAAGCAUUGAUGGCGCAAAUCUCCAGAGGGUACAUCCCUUCCAGCCAAAGGACUUGAAGGUUAUAGACGUGUCGUCGACUGACGAGGAGGAGGCAAUGGGGCUACUUCGAGCAGACCAGGAGACCAAGUUCAAUCUAGAGACAGAGCCAGGCUGGAGGGUAUCAGUUUUCCGGCGCGGCAUCGACGACCAUAUCUUGUCCGUCGUUUUACAUCACAUUAUCCACGAUGGCUGGUCAAUGGAUGUCCUCUGCAAAGAGUUGGCUCGAUUUUACUCCGCUGCCCUUCGUGGCCAAGACCCCCUUUCACAUAUCGAACCUCUCCAUAUCCAGUACAGAGACUACGCUGCCUGGGAAAGGGAGCAGAGCAGUGAAGAGGCACCCCAUAUGCGGCGACAAGUGAACUAUUGGGUGACGCAGUUGGAGACAAGCUGGCCAGCCAUUCUGCCUUAUGACAACCCACGGCCAGCUACCUUCUCUGGUCUAGCCGACAUUCUACGGUUCAAAGUCGAGGGGGAGCUCUAUCAACGCUUGAGAAAAUUUUGCAUCGAGAGGGACGUGACACCGUUUGUGGUGUUUCUGGCUGCCUUCAGAGCAACCCAUUACCGACUUACGGGCUCGAGCGAUGCGACCAUCGGGAUUGCCAACGCUAACCGCGCCCGAGAAGAGGUCAAAAAUAUAUUAGGGUUCUUUGUUAACAUGCAAUGUAUUCGAACUCGGGUCGAUCAUGGUUCCUUCGAAGAGCUCAUCCAACAGGUUCAAGAAGUGACAUUGCUGUCCCUCGCCAACGCGGACGUACCCUUUGACCGGAUAUUGUCACAACUGCGAAUAACCCGCGAAAUAGGGCGCCAUCCUCUGGUCCAAAUUGGCUUUGCGUUGCAUUCUCAGUCACAGCUUGGAAAGUUCCACUUUGAAGGAGUCGACUCACAAAGGUUGGAGUCGUCGAUGGCUUCCGAGUUCGAUCUGGAGCUUCACUUUUACCAAGAGGAGCAUGAUUUUCGUGGCGAAGUACUCUUCUCAGUCGACCUCUACAACCACGGGACCAUCAGCAACAUGCUGUCUGUGUUCCGUAAAGUCCUUGAGGGAGGCAUGAACGAGCCCCAUGUUCCAUUAUCGUCAUUACCAUUGUGCAGUGACGACGAUUUGGAGCGCCUCGAUGAACUUGGUCUCAUUCGCGUGCAUAGAACCGAUUAUCCGCGAGACUCGAGUGUUGUCGAUGUUUUUCGCCAACAGGUCGUAGCGAGUCCUGGUCGAACGUCCGUCAAGGACGCCUCUACUCAGCUUACAUAUGCUGAACUAGAUCGGGCAUCAGAUCUGGUUGCAGGGUGGCUGGCAGCAAAGUCGUUCCCGCCUGAGACUCUGAUUGGCGUACUUGGAACCCGGUCCAGCUUUACAACGAUUGCCUUCCUGGGCAUUCUCAAGGCCAACCUUGCCUACUUGCCACUCGAUGCCAAGACACCCAUCGGACGAUUGGAGGAUAUACUGUCAGUGAUACAGGGCCACAAGCUCGUUCUACUCACGUCCGACACCCCACCGCCGGUUAUUGCCUCGGACGACCUGGUGUUUGUUCACAUACAGGAUGUCCUCGUGGGCCAGGACAAGCACGACUGCGCAAGCCAGAGCCCCCCUUUGCGCUGUAAGACUUCGGCCAGGAGUCUCGCCUACGUUAUGUUUACCUCGGGUUCUACUGGACGUCCGAAAGGAGUUAUGGCCGAACAUCGUAACAUACUGCGACUGGUGAAACAGAGCAAUUAUAUAGAACACCUUCCGGCGGCCCCAGUCAUGGCACAUAUCUCGAGCAUCGCCUUCGACAUGUCAACGACGGAGAUUUACUCGACCCUCGUAAACGGUGGCACAUUAAUUUGUGUCGACGAUGCAGAUGUUCUAGACUGUUCGGCGAUGUCCGACAUAUUCCUGCGUGAGGGAGUUGGAGCUCUCAUGAUUACGCCGGCAUUGCUCAAGCAAUAUCUUACUGGCUGCCCUGCCGCGCUAAGCCAACUCUCGUUGCUCCAGGUGGGGGGAGACCGGACCGAGUCGAAGGACAUGCUUGCAGCGCAACAGCUCAUCAAAGGCACAGUGCAGACUGGAUAUGGGCCAACCGAGAAUACGGGCGUGAGCACGAUAUAUACCCUGCCGAACCAGGACGCGCGCCUGUCAGUGGACGUGCCAUUCGGGCGCACUGUCAGCAACUCGGGUGCCUACGUGAUGGACACACAGCAGCAACUUGUUCCGCUCGGCGUGGUCGGAGAGCUGGCGGUGACGGGCGACGGCCUGGCGAGGGGAUAUAUCGACCCCCGUGACAACGUUGACCGGUUCGUCACCGUACUGAUAGGCGGUGAGGAGUGUCGAGCCUAUAGGACAGGAGACCUCGCUCGCUGGCGCCCGAAAGAUGGCGAACUUGAGUACCUCGGUCGAUCUGACGACCAGGUGAAGAUUCGAGGACAUCGAGUAGAGCUGGGAGAGAUCGAGUCUCUCCUUCGCAGCCAGGACUGUGUGGCUGAGGCAGUUGCCCUCUUGCAGGGAGGAAACGGGCAGGAAGCACGGCUAGUCGGCUUUUUGACAUGCCGCAAUAGCAUGGAAGAUGGCCAGGACAUGGAGGAGAAGCUGUACGAGGUUUUGCGUUCCAAGUUGCCCUCGUACAUGGUUCCGGAAUCACUCACAAUCCUGGACAAGAUGCCUGUCAACCAAAAUGGCAAAAUUAAUCGCCAGGCACUCGCGAAGCGACCUCAACAGCCCACCACGAAACGGGAACCCCUUCAGCAGCCAGCCUCAGAAUCCGAGCGGCAGAUGCAGGUCAUCUGGGGAUGCGCCCUUCGCAGAGAACGUGAUACGAUUGGACUGCAUGACAAUUUCUUCGGUCUAGGAGGCACCUCCAUUUCUGCGAUGAUGGUCGUUAGCGAAGCCAGAAGGGUUGGCUUUUCACUCUCGAUUGUAGACGUCUUGCGCCGUCCGGUACUGCAUGAUCUCGUCAACCGAAUAACACGCAAUGCUGAGCCGAAUCAGCCCAGCUGCUAG